AUCGAAUAGCUCUACCUUUGCGUUUUUCUCCAGUCCUGAUUUUGUAGUGACACUGCUCUGCCCUUGGUAGAUCAUCAGAAGCUCUCUGAACUCACUCUGCUUUUGGUGUCUCUCCCGUUUUCACAUUCAAAUCCAGCUGUCGAUUCAGCUGUCUGUUUACCCCCGUCAAUUUCGAAGCGUUGAGCAAGCUGACCUCCCCCACCACCCCAACCCCAUCGCCGACAACACGCCCCUCAACCAGGGCCCGGAUUCACGCCCGCCCCAAACUCCCAGAGCAAGGGCUGCCUUGCUUCCCAUCUGCCCUGGCCCGACUGCCAAGGGGCCGAUCAGGCUGCCUGGGCUGACUGCCACGCUCGGGCUGAAUCGGUGUUGACACGGAAAGAAGAAGAGAGGAAGAAAGAGUGGCCUCCAGGAUUUGGGUGGGUUUGGACUGGCCAUGAGUCAGAAGAAGAUGACGGGCACGGACUCGCCACGGGUCCUGGUCCGAUCCGGACCCAAGGGUGUGACCGUGGUCAAGAUUGAGAAUGGACACAAUAACACUACGGCGGCCACGGUCUUGGAGGCCGUGAGUCGGGUGAGUGGCGUGACCAGUUCUCCCGUGAUUACCACGGCCACCACGAGUGCCAUGCGGUCCAAGGCAAUGCCUUCGACCACGGUUAUGGUGUCCACAUCACCGGAACCGCCCUCGCCGGAGGCGGAGGAGUGCGUCACGUCCGUGAUCGCCCUCGAAGACGAGUCGAAUGAAGGCAGUGAGCGCGUUCUUGAGAGCGAGAGCCCGCAACCGCAGCAACAGAUCUACAUUAUUCAAACCACGGACGGGAAUGUGCCGUUGGACUCGGCGGAAGUGGUCGUGUCGGACGAAAUGGCCGUGUACGAGACGGUGUCGGCCUUGGAGCAACUCUCCCGCGGUCAAGUCAUCACCACCACCGAGAACGGCGAGGUGAUCCAAGUGUACGAAGAGGUGGUGUUGCCGGAUGGCGGCGAGAAUAGCGUGGACCAGUUCGUGGAUGUGGCCGAAGUCGAGGUAGGCGAUGGCCGGUCCGCCUCGCCCAUCACGAUUGGCGAGACCAUUUCUUUGUCGGCAUCGGGCGUGGUGCGGCGACGAACCACGGCCGGUCCUAAGAGUCGAACGGGUGGCGGCGGCGCUUCCAACAGUUCCGAUCGGGAGAACUCGCCGCAGAAUGAGUUCCACAUCUGUCGCUUGUGCAAUCAGUUCAUCCCUCUGUCGAACAUUGCGGCGCACAACCUCGAGAAUCACGGCACCAUGAGCGACCUGACUUGCACGGACUGCGGCAAGAUCUUCAAGAGUAAACGGAGUCUGUUCGGUCACAAGAAGGAAAAGCAUUCCGGCGUGACGGAGAUGCACGCCUGUCCCGAGUGCGGCAAGACGUUCGGCAGGAAAUCCAACCUCAAGGCUCACCGCGAGUCGCUUCACUACGGCAAGAAGUUCCCGUGUCAAUACUGUGAACGUGUGUUCACCAAUCGGAGCUCCAUGAACCAGCACGUGAAGAAGACCCAUAUUGCCGUGGCCUCGGUCACCAUCGACGAGAAGGGCACCUUCCACAUCUAAUCUAAGGGUAUAUAAUACUAGCAUUGAAGAACAAUUGAAUACAGCCGCCACAAGAACGCCUCUACAUUGCAACGCCCGCCCGCCCGCCCGCCGGCUUGCCUACAACCUAUUCAAGAGUCAGCAUCAACACAAACGUCGCCGUGCUCCCCCGCCCUUUCCCUCCCCCCCAUUGUUGACUUUACAAAAAAUGUGAAUGAGAGUGAGCGAAUUCCCGUGAUCCCGUCGAAAUAGACUCCCUGUAUUUAUCACACCACUUUCAUGACUUUGAGGGAUUGCGCUAGAUCAAGAAAAUCCUCAUUGCGCAGAGUCUCGUUGACGCGUCUCAUGGCCUUGAUGGAGGCGUGGCUGGAGGUGAUCGAUGGGACCCCGACAUUGCCCUCGCGCUGGGAUGAUGAUGAACAGUACAAAAUCUCGUUGACCUCCUCUGGUAUUGGACAGGACACGACGUGCGUGAAUUGUGACUUUAAGGUGGCAAUCACUUCCUGCCGUAGACUCGGGUCCCGACAAACCAAAUUCAAAACGAACACACCUGCAACACACGAUAAAUUUUACGAACCCGUCUCCUUAAACCCUCUUUAAAACAUUGUACAACAUUUGAGAAGGCUGGAAGUCAGCCCAUCUACCUUGUUGAUCUUUGGUCAAGCAAUGAUGUUGAAUCUGACGGAUGGUCUCGGCCUCCACAAAAGGCUUGGGUGGACAACUCAUGCCGAUGCUCGAGUCUUUGCUGUCCACGUCCAACAUGAUCACGUCAUACGUUUCUGUAAUCAUAACCAUUAUUAUUAUUAUUACUAUUACAACAACACCUUCCUUCCUUUUUGUCGUUUGGUAGUAUUUUGUGCAUUCUCCCCGUGUCGAUAAUUUGAGAAAAUAGGAUCAGUUCCAGGCAUCGCUUUGAAAGUUUGCUUGACCUUCUUCAUUUUCGUGUCCCUCGAGGAAAGGGGAAAAGUCAUAUUUUUUGCUAGAAAUAUUCAUCUCCCUCUGUUCUAAGAGACCCUGCCAUGUUUGACAAAGCGUAUAUAAUCAUGGAUUUGGUGAAUGAGCGAAACGAAUAAAGUGAGAGAUUAUGUAAUCCA